CGACGGCAAGCCAAAGAAAACGGCGGGCACGAUAUUUUUACUCGUGUUGGAUGGAGCUCUGAGCGAGCGAUGCCAACCAAGCCCGAGAAGGCAGCCAAAGCGACUGCCAAGAAGGAGCCCCCCGUCAAAAAAGACGACAAGCUACCGGUAUCGCUGCCCAAGAUUGGAGCUCCGAAAAGCUCGACCCCCAAAAGCUCGCCAAGCAAGACGUCGUCGACAAGUAGCAAAAUGGAGAAGAUGCCGAGUCUCGACAAGUCCGAGCUCACACCACGCAUUGCGGAAGCCAACGCCGCCACUCCGCCCCCCGACACCACUCCGCCCCCCGACACCACUCCGCCCCCCGACACCACUCCGCCCCCCACGGAACAAGAGACAUUAGAAAAGUCGGUCGCUGAAAUGGCCUCGGCAGAGAAGGACGCCGCAGAAAAGGAAGCCGCCGAGAAGGAAGCUGCGGAGCGCACCAAGAAGCGCAACGGCAAUAUCAUUCUCAAGUACGAAAUGUACUGCGAAGAGUUUCCAAUUAUUGACGGCUCGACGACGAUGGCAGCGAUCGACGACGUGUACGCACUCACCUUUGUCAUGCCCAACUGCCUCGUGCACCUCUCCACGUACGACCCGCCGACCAAAAUCGAGAUCGAGUCGCGGGAUCCAACCGCCGUCUACGUGCGCGAAGACCCGAUUGGGACGUACCAGGACUUAGAGGCCGGUGCAACGUACUACGUGUACGUCGAGCAAGAAGCCGAGCAGCUGGCAAAAGACCAAGCUAAAAUGCGCCAAGUCGCCGCGACCAUGGAUGGUGCGGCGUGGACCGCCCCGUCGACGACUGAAACGUGCAGCUGCGUCAACGGCAACCCGUGCGUCGACGAGUACAACUGCAAAGAUUGGCACAACCGGUUUGCUGUCGCAACGACGCACGGCUGGAAAGGGUUUUAGAUCCGGUUUGCAAAAAGUACUAUAAUACGAUGCGACCGUCUAAUCUUUUGUGCGAUAUGC